AUGUCAUCAAAACGCGUCGUUCACAUUGGAAGAGAAAUCAUGGCAAAUCUUCUCUAUAAAUUCAAGGUUGGUAAAGAAAGAAUAAAGCAUCCAAAACAACUUGAAGUUCGUAUUUCAAACCCAAUUAGAAACCAGAAAACAAGGAUGAAGAUCAUGUUACUCUUGUUUUCCCUAGCAUUCCUUUUUACCUUAACAACUUCCGCAAAUGAUGGUCCAAACCAGCUAUCGAGUGUUGUACGCGAUACAGAUGGUCGUCCCUUCAAGAGCAAUACUAGGUACUUCAUUCAUUCAGCUUGUUGGGGAGAAUACGGCCGAGGUCUACUGCUUCUUACUCUAGGAGAUCAAGCACAAAACCGUUGUCCCGCAUCGGUGGUGCAAUCCCUUAUUGACACCUACAAUGGUCUUGGAGCCUACUUCGAGCCUAAAAGAUCCCAAACAACAGGAGAUUCUGGAAUCCUCUCGGUAAACAUCAAGUUCACUACUCGUGGUUAUUUAUGUGCUAACUGGACAGUGUUGAAGGUCGACCGCUACCCUAAACCCACGCAUAACUACACCAUCUGGGAAAAUCCCCUUGACGAGAACAGCUGGUUUCAGAUUAAGUCUCUUGGUGUCUCGGCCUACAAGCUAGUCUUCUGUCCCCAUGAAGUGGAGAAGUGCAUUGAUACUGGCCUCGUCGAUCAACAUGGAUAUAGGCGUUUGGCUCUUGCAGAGGAUGCUGCCUAUGCCUGGCCUUUUGUGUUCAUAAAGGAUGAUCAAUAUGGAAAGGCCGACGAAUAA